AUGGAAGGCUUGAUGCUUGGAUGGAUAUGGUGGAUUCUGAAGAAGAUCCAAGGUGUUAAUGGCAGAAUUAUCAAAGUACUGGCGACAAUUGAUCUGGAAAAACCAUUGCUAAGAGGCACCACGAUUUCUCUUGGAGGCAGAACUAGGUUGGUAGACUUCAAAUAUGAACAGUUAAUGGGGUUUUGCUACUACUGUGGGUUGGUUGGUCAUUCAGAAAGAGGAUGUGAAAAGGAACAUGUUGAUAUUCAAAAAGAGGUAGUUACGGAGGGUCAGUAUGGGGAUUGGUUACGGGCUUAUGAUAGACGGCCCUUAGGGAAGAAAUUUGAAGAGAGGGGCUCAAACUCGCCAUUUCCACCUGAGAAAAGGGAAGGGACUGAAAGAGAUCACUUGGAUAAAUCUGGGGCAGUGGAUUAUGAAGGUGUUGUGCAGAAAGAUCACCAAAAUAAGUCUGGAGCAGUGGUACUUGAAGGUGAUGUGCAGAUGGAAGAUAUCCUUUUAAACCAAGAUACUAGGGAGAAAGGCAACCUUACAUACUCCGAAGAAUGGUGUAACAAGGAUGAUGAGGAGAGGGCUGCAAUCAAUGGAAACGAUGAGGAAGAUCCAAGGCUCAUUUGGGUCAGCCAAUUGGUAGAUUCAGAGAACAAAAGAUGGAAAAAGGAUCUUAUACUGCAAAAUUUCAACCUUAUUGAUGCUGAAGCCAUUCUCAAAAUUCCACUGAAUAGAAUGGAGAUGGAUGAUGACUUGUGGUAUCAAGCUUUCUUCUGCGGAUCUUUCAUCUUGUUUGGAGCUGGGUGGAGCUUUGGCUAG